CUGCAUUCUCGAUCACCGCCACCCUCCGCCGCCAAGUACUGCCAGCAAGUGCGCCGCGCGCCACCAUGAGACACAAACGACGGCCCUGCAUGAGCAGUACUAGUGCUCGCUGAUCAACUUCCGGGGUCACGAACGCGGACCGCAGCAUCCCAUGGUAGACUAUGUGCGCGUAUCACAUAUGACGAGCGAUGGGGCAUGACUUUCGCCGCCGUUGCUAUACAGAGAGAUUCCAUUGCGCCGACGGCCGCCACUUGGGCCCAGUGAGCCUCCGAGUCGGACCGCCUGCAGGCUGAGGCCGGCGCUAUGACCGCCGAGUCGCAACCUGGUCGCAACAUUUCUGGUGUUACAAGUAGGGAUCAGAUGCAUCGGCCAAUUGACAGGCUAUGUCGCGGAUUAACGAUCUACACAAGCGGCGUCAUCAUCGGCGGAUUGAGGCCAGGCAUAUCCCUAUAAACCUUCUGGCUCUCCUUUCUGCUUCCCUUCACUUAAGCGGUGUCCUUGCGGACGCCCAGAGCACAGACUCCUCUUCCUCAUUCGAAUCGAAAUGCACUUCUUUCAGUUUACAGAACGUUACUCAUGCCAGCAUCACAAGCACCAAGUAUCACGCUGAUGGCUCGAAGAUCAAUAUGUCGACUAGCAUGUCGAGCAUUGAUACGACCGAGCUUCCGGGUUUUUGCCGCAUCGAACUCACCAUCACGACCAACUCGACAGCGAACUCCACUUGCAAUACAGAAGUCUGGCUGCCCAGUACGUGGAACGGGAGGUUCCUGGCUCUGGGCAAUGGCGGCUUUGCAGGAGGCAUCAACGUGGGGGAAUUGGGUUAUAUCGCUGUCAACCAGAGUUAUGCUGGAGUGUCCACGGACCAAGGGCACACAUCGAAGUUGACCAGUGCUACAUGGGCCGGGCCGAGCGAUGACAAUACUAUCGUCGACUGGGGAUGGCGAGCCAUGCACCUCAGCGUUGUCGUCGGCAAGGAAAUCGUGAAGCAAUAUUACGGGUCGGCACAAAAACACUCGUACUACAUGGGGUGUUCUCAAGGUGGUCGAUCUGGGUUCAAGGAGAUGCAGGCCUUCCCAGACGACUUUGACGGCCUGGUCAUUGGCUCUCCGGCAGCUUGGCAUUCUCACUUACGGAUGUGGGCUGGGCAUCUCAAUGGUCUCGUACAACCGAGCACUUCCGAUCGUUACAUCAACUCCACUGCGUGGACGGACGUCAUUCACAAGGAAGUGCUGAAACAGUGUGAUGCUAUCGAUGGGCUCUCGGAUGGCAUUAUCAACGAUCCUAAGCUUUGCAAUUUCAACGCGUCUGCACUCCUGUGCCAGUCCGGCCAGGAUGCGUCAACGUGUCUGAGCAGCACUCAGGUCGAAACGCUCGAGAAGAUCUACUCUGACUACAUCGUCAAUGACGAUUGGGUAUUUAGCUCAUACUACCCAGGCGGCGAAGUCGGCUACAGCACGAGCUACGUGGAGAAGGUCUCUGCGGUGUCUCAAAGCUGGUUCCGCUACAUGCUCUUGAACGACACCACAUGGCCGCUUGGCGAUUACAACUCGUCUCUGAUUGCGGUCGGUGACGCCAUCGAUCCUGGACAAUCGGACGCUGUCGACACCGACUUGAGUGCAUUCGCCGGGUCGAGUCACAACGGGAAGCUGCUCCACUAUGUCGGAUGGGCAGACCAGAUCAUCAGCCCCGGCGCAAGCAUUCGCUACUACGAGAGCGUGAAGAACUUCACAGGCGAUCACAUGCAGGUCAACAUUGAUGACUUCUAUCGGUUGUUCACCGUCCCCGGAAUGGAGCACUGUUAUGGCGGCGACGGCGCAAACGCGUUCGGUGGUGUGCAGCAGGCAUCCCAGAGCAUGCCGCCUCUGAAUCAUGAGCCGGAGUACGAUGUACUCGCUGCCAUGGUCCAAUGGGUCGAACAGGGGGUCGCUCCCUCCAACCUGACUGCCGUGCACUACAAGGACAACGACGUAGCGCAUGGCAUCGACGCAAUCCGUCCGCUAUGCCAAUACCCGAAAUCCCUCCAUUAUACUGGCGACGACGAGAUGGACCCUAACUCGUAUACUUGCAAGGACUCGAACUGAACUUCACGCUCGCUGCACGGAUUUCUGGGGGUCUGACUAAUUCGUACAUAUAGUUCUAGUAAUAUAAAUUAUUAUGACUGCGGUGAAUUAGCUUGCUACAUACAUACACUGCUCUGAGCCGAAGCCACGUAGGGGCGCUGGCUACCAUUCUUCCUCUCAUCGCUGUGAUCACA